AUGUUCGCCUUGAACACUUCUCCUCGACCCCGAACUCGUCAAUACUCUUCAUCUUCCUCCUCCUCCAACGUAUCCAUGGCUCAACGCGACUCGAUGGACAUUGACAUUACCGGUGUCUUGGACAUCCAACGUGCUCUCGACAUUGCUCGCAACACCGAAGGAGACCUUGAUCGCUCUGUGGCAAAGUACCUGGAAGAACAACUUGCUGGAGUCUGGAGCCGACUUGAGUCUCGUCCCGACAGCUACGUCCUGAACAAGGACGAAUUCGCCAUCUUCAACUACUUUGUUGGUCGUUACCAAGACUCACAGGUGGCCGAGAAAGCCAUUGCACGCUUCUGGUCUAGCUACCAGGACAACAGCUCCUCGUAA